UAUCCUUGAAAAUCUCAACCAGCGUUUGGUAACUUAGUACGAUACUUUCGGUUUGAGUUUGAAGGUACGACAAUGGAAGGCACUGAGAAGCCUGUGUCAGCGUUAGGGAUUGAGAAAGAUCUAAACGAUUGGCUUUCUGUCACCAAGUCCAGGAAUGGCACAUGGUGGCAUUCAGCUUUCCACAAUGUCAGUGCUAUGGUUGGUGCCGGUAUUUUGGGGCUCCCUUAUGCCCUCUCUGAACUCGGAUGGGGUCCUGGUGUGACCCUAAUGGUUUUAUCGUGGGUUGUCACUCUAUACACGAUGUGGCAAAUGAUUGAAAUGCACGAGAUGGUGCCCGGAAAAAGACUCGAUCGUUACCAUGAGUUGGGGCAGGCGGCUUUUGGAGAAAAGCUCGGGCUUUGGAUCGUGGUUCCCCUGCAAAUGAUGGUGCAAGCGGCCACUGAUAUAGCUUUCAUGAUCACCGGCGGAAAAUGUUUGAAGAAGUUUCAUGAUACCGUUUGCCCCAACUGCAAAGAUAUCAAAACCACUUACUUCAUUAUGGUCUACGCCUCCGUCCAGUUCGUUCUUUCUCACCUCCCCAGUUUCAAUUCCAUCAUAGCCGUUUCUAUUGCCGCCUCCGUCAUGUCUUUGAGUUAUUCAGCCAUUGCUUGGAUGACUUGUAUACAUAAAGGGGUUAUACCAGAUGUGGAUUAUAGUCCGAGGUCUACAACCACAGCAGGGAUGGUGUUCAGCUUCUUCAGUGCGGUGGGCGAUGUAUCAUUCGCCUUUGCCGGACAUAAUGUAAUAUUGGAGAUCCAAGCCUCAAUUCCUUCUACACCUGGCAAACCAUCCAAGAAACCCAUGUGGAAGGGUGCCUUUUUUUCUUACAUAGUUGUUUUCUUAUGCUACUUCCCUGUUGCCAUAUUUGGCUACUGGGCAUUCGGAAACAAAGUUGAGGACAACGUCCUUUUAUCCCUGGAAAAGCCCCGUUGGCUAGUCGCCGCUGCUAACAUGUUCGUGGUAAUCCAUGUCGUCGGAAGUUAUCAAGUUUUCGCCAUUCCAUUUUUUGAUAUGGUCGAAUCGUUUUUAGUGAAGAAAAUACAUUUCCGACCCACUAAAAGUCUUCGUUUCAUAACAAGAAACUUAUAUGUUGCAUUCACCAUGUUCAUUGGAAUGACAUUCCCUUUCUUUGGUGCAAUUAUCGGCUUCUUCGGAGGGUUCUUCUUUGCUCCGACAUCAUUUUUUCUGCCAUGCAUCAUUUGGUUAGUGGUCUACAAGCCAAGAAGGUUCAGCUUAUCCUGGUUCACAAAUUGGUUUUGCAUUAUUUUUGGUGUGAUUUUGAUGACUUUAGGUCCUGUGGGUGGGUUGAGGCAGAUAAUCGUUCAGGCCAAACAAUAUAAAUUUUACUCUUAA